AUGGUGUUUACAGUGGUUUGUGCUGAUGAAUCACAAGCAUUGCAUCAGGAUCCUACUUUUUCUUACUCCCUAACCGCCGCUAAUGACAAUAAUGGUGUCGAGGCAAAAAAGAAGCAAAGUCACAAUGGCCGGAAUAAGCACACCCCUUGCAGCCUUGACAUCAAGGAACCCAAGGCUAACGAUGAGCUGACCGGAGAAACGGAAGCUUAUCUGGCUGUUGUUUUGGCAAGAUACUCGGAGAAAUGGCUUGAGAGGACCAAAACCAACCUAGGAUAUCCGGUGAAUUUAGACUUUAACUAUGAUGCUCUUGGUCAUUUGCAACAAUUUUCGAUUAACAACGCCGGUGAUCCAUUUAUUGCGGGCAACUAUGGUGUGCACUCAAGGGACUUUGAAGUAGGUGUUUUAGAUUGGUUUGCUCGCCUUUGGGAGAUCAAGAAGGAUGAAUAUUGGGGAUAUGUUACGAGUGGUGGAACAGAAGGAAACCUCCAUGGCCUACUUGUAGGUAGAGAAAUGUUUCCUGAUGGAAUAUUGUAUGUUUCGAAAGAGGCACAUUACUCGGUCUUUAAAGCUGCACGUAUGUACCGAAUGAAUUGUGUUAAGGUUGAAACACUAGCUUCUGGGGUGAUUGAUUGCCGAGAUUUGAAGGAUUGUCUUCUUAAGAACAAAGAUAAACCUGCUAUCAUUAAUAUCUCCAUAGGGACUACGGUAAAAGGUGCUAUUGAUGAUAUCGAUCUAGUCGUACAAACACUUGAAGAGUGUGGUUUCCCACGCAAUCGGUUCUAUAUCCAUUGUGAUGCAGCCUUGUUUGGACUUAUGCUGCCAUUCCUAGAUCGAGCACCUCAUAUAACAUUCAAGAAGCCAAUUGAUAGUGUAUGUGUUUCCGGCCACAAAUUUGUGGGAAGUCCGAUGCCUUGUGGUGUUCAAAUGGUUAGGAUAGAACACAUUAAUGUUCUAUCAAGAAAUGUAGAGUAUAUAGCUACAAUGGAUACAACAAUCAUGGGGAGUAGGAACGGCCUAGCCCCCGUCUACUUAUGGUAUGCUUUGAACCGCAAAGGAUACAAUGGACUCAAGAAACAGGUUCAAAAUUGCCUAAUCAUAGCCAGUUACCUUAAAGACCGGCUUAGAGGGGCCGGAGUCAGUGUCAUGCUCAAUGAGCUAAGCAGCACCGUGGUAUUCGAACGUCCACAAGAUGAGGAGUUUAUACGAUACUGGCAGCUCUCUUGUCAAGAGAACAUAGCUCAUAUAGUUGUCAUGCCUAAUAUGACAAAGAAGACGUUGGAUACUUUCCUCGACGAGCUAGUUGAAAAGCGUUCGAUUCGGUUCAAAGACGGGAAAAAUCAACCUCCUUGUGUUGCUUCUGAUAUUGGCAAAGAGAAUUGUGUUUGCCCUUUGCAUAUCUGAACAUUCGCUUGCUAGUUUGAUGGU